AUGAUUUUUCAUUCUAAACAAAACCCAUCAUUUGAAAUACAUGACUUGUUUGAGAAGCUAUUAGAGGGUGUUGAUGUUGUUGAGAAUAAAAAACAUUACUUGGCUAUACUCAGAGCAUUUGAUGUGUUUGCUAAAGCUUGUGUUGGUCUUAACAUGUUUGAUGGAGCAUUUGAUUUCUUGUUUCAUUUUCAAGUUACUAGGUUUGAGAUUCUUCCUAGUAUUGUUGCUUGUAACUUUCUUAUUAACCGUUUAAUUCAACAUGAUAAAGUGAAAAUGGCUUUGGAGGUUUAUAAAGAAAUCAAGAGGGUUGGUUUGUGUCCUAAUCAUCACACUUAUGCUAUUGUUAUCAAGGGCUUGUGUAAGAAUAGUGAUGAUUUGAAACACGUGGAAUAUGUAUUUGAUGAAAUGGAGGAAGCUGGUGUGACUCCGAAUUCGUAUUGUUACGCUGCUUAUAUUGAGGGGUUGUGUAAAAAUAACAUGUCUGAUGUGGGAUAUAAGCUGCUCGAACGAUGUAGAGCGAGUAAUGCACCUAUAGAGGUUUAUGCCUAUGCUGCGGCUAUUCGUGGGUUUUGUAAUGAAAUGAAAUUAGAUAAAGCUGAGGAUGUAUUUUACGACAUGAAAUCGUGGGGACUUGUUCCUGAUUUUCAUGUUUAUUCUCCGUUGACCCGUGGAUAUUGUAAGAUCAAUGAUGGGCUUAGAGCGAGAUCAUUACACGAUGACAUGAUUUCGAAGGGUGAGACGGGUAAGGAUUCGGAAGUUGUAGAUCUAUUUAAAGAAAUAAAGCAAUCAUGUCUGUUUCUCGAUGGGGUAGCUUACAAUAUUGUACUUGAUUCUUUGUGUAAAUUGGGUAAGGUGGAUGAUGCGGGUAAAACCGUUGAAGCCCAAUGUUUGUUUAAAGAAAUGGAGGAAAAAGGAUUUAAACCUGAUGUUGUUGCGUAUAAUGUACUAGCCGCCGGUUUAUUUAGAAAAGAUCUUGAUAGCGAGGUCAUUGACCUUUUGAUUUAUAUGGACAGUCAAGGUGUGAAGCCGAACUCUACUACACAUAAGAUUAUCAUUGAAGGUUAUUGUUCAGUAGGCAAGGUUGGAGAAGCUGAGGCAUAUUUUAACCGUAUGAAAAAUGAAAGUGUCGAACUCUAUACUGCCAUGGUUAAUGGCUAUUGUGAAGCUAACCUUAUUGAAAAAUCAUAUGAUCUUUUUUUAAGCUGUCAAACCAAGGAUAUAUUUCAACAGAAAGUUCUGGUUUUGAGAAACUUAGCAAACAUCAUUGCAGAUAUUAAUGGCACAAGAAGCUUGAAAGCUUGUAGUGCAAGUAACAAAUCUUUGGCUUGUCCAAAUUCCUCCCGUAUUUACAAUGGAAAUGAUUUUGAUGGGCGCUAA